AUGCAACUGAAGUGUCAAUUCCGGUUCACCUCAGAUGAUGCCGACCUCUUCAUGUGGACUUUCAAUCAUGAGCUGUCGACCUUUCUCUCUUUCUUGUAUUACUUAUGGGAUCUUCUAUUGUUCAUCAUUCGAAGUCAUCAACCCACGAUCAGCGGACCGGACUCAAUCCUGGCCUUGACGAUGCCUUUGAAGAUCAAUAUCAUAACGCUGUUCCUAUGCAUGAUCAUCUCAGCACUCGCUCUCCCGCCUCAGUUGCAGAAAUAUCUGAGCGGAGAACGAACUCUACCUGCCUGGGCUCAUGAAGCCAAGCCGGCUUCGUUACACCACAACCUGUACUCUGAUACAGCAUUACCAGUCUCCGAUAAAAUUGAAGGACCAGUAACUGAAGCGACUUCUGCUCUGCCCUCCGCUCCUACAAGCCUAUUGCCAUGGCUUCAGAGCGCCGAGUGA